AAUGGAGUCUGCAAAGCAGACUAUUUCUAUACAAACAAGGAGCCUUCCAACAAUAAAGACAAUGAGAUGAAGACAUCAGACAAGAAAAAGAGUGAAAUUCGAGUUGGCUUCUUUCAACUGUUUAGGUUUGCUUCUCUGUCGGAGAGACUGAUGAUGGUUUUGGGUGGCUUCUGUGCCUUUCUCCAUGGAGCAGCCCAGCCUGCCAUGUUGCUCGUCUUUGGGUUGAUGGCUGACACUUUUAUCCAAUAUGACAUUGAGAAACAAGAGCUCGAAGACCCAAACAAAGCAUGUGUGAACAACACAAUCGUGUGGAUUAAUGGUUCCCAUCAUCAAAAUGACAGUAAUGCAUCCAUAAGUUGUGGGUUGCUGGAGAUUGAAAGAGAAAUGACCUAUUUUGCAAGUUAUUACGCAGGAAUCGGCUGCACCGUCUCUAAGCUUGGUUAUCUCCAAAUUUGCUUAUGGGUAACAUCAGCUGCUCGGCAAACACAGCAAAUCAGAAAAGCCUAUUUCAGGACAUUAAUGAGGAUGGAUAUAGGCUGGUUUGAUUGUACAUCCGUAGGGGAACUCAACACAAGAAUUUCUGAUGACGUCAAUAAAAUUAAUGAUGCUAUUGCUGAUCAAGUCGCCAUCUUCAUCCAGCGCUUCACCACCUUCGUUGGGGGGUUCCUGUUGGGCUUUGUCCGAGGCUGGAAGCUGACCUUGGUUAUUAUCUCAGUCAGUCCGCUGCUUGGGAUUGGAGCAGCCUUAAUGGGCCUGGCUGUUGCGAAGAUGACAGGUCUGGAAUUGAAGGCUUACGCAAAAGCUGGCACCGUGGCUGAUGAAGUGUUGUCAUCCGUCAGAACCGUGGCUGCCUUUGGAGGAGAGAAAAAAGAAGUUGAAAGAUACGACAAAAACCUCGUGUUUGCCCAAAACUGGGGGAUAAGAAAGGGAAUAAUCAUGGGAUUUUUCACCGGUUAUAUCUGGUGCAUUAUUUUCCUGUGUUAUGCUCUCGCCUUCUGGUAUGGCUCAAAACUUGUCCUUGAAGAAGAAGAGUACUCACCUGGGACACUUUUGCAGGUUUUCUUUGGUGUUCUAGUAGGUGCCUUAAAUCUUGGCCAAACGUCUCCUUGUUUGGAAGCGUUUGCAACGGGCCGAGGAGCUGCGACAAAUAUCUUUGAAACAAUCGACAGAAAACCCACCAUCGACUGCAUGUCAGAAGAGGGCCACAAACUGGAUAAAGUACGAGGUGAAAUUGAAUUCCAUAAUGUGACGUUCUAUUAUCCAUCCAGGCCUGAGGUAAAGAUUCUAGACAAGCUAAGUAUGGUGAUCAAGUCAGGGGAAACGACAGCUUUUGUUGGCCCAAGUGGAGCCGGGAAGAGUACCACAAUACAGCUGAUCCAGCGAUUCUAUGACCCCAGUGAAGGGAUGAUUACUCUGGAUGGGCAUGAUCUUCGUUCCCUCAAUAUCCAGUGGCUGCGUUCCUUGAUUGGCAUUGUUGAGCAAGAGCCAGUCCUCUUCUCCACCACCAUCGCAGAGAACAUUCGCUAUGGACGGGAAGAUGCAACUAUGGAAGACAUUAUCCGAGCAGCUCAACAAGCCAACGCCUACAACUUUAUCAUGGAUCUGCCUCAGCAAUUUGACACCAUGGUUGGAGAAGGGGGCAGCCAAAUGAGUGGAGGCCAAAAGCAACGGAUUGCUAUUGCUCGGGCCUUAGUCCGAAACCCCAAAAUCUUGCUGCUGGACAUGGCUACAUCAGCCCUGGACAAUGAAAGUGAAGCUAUAGUGCAAGAGGCACUUCAUAAGGCUCGCCUGGGGCGCACUGCGAUCUCCAUUGCUCACCGCUUGUCCACUGUCAAAACGGCUGAUGUCAUCAUUGGUUUUGAGCAUGGGAGAGCAGUGGAGAGGGGGCAGCAUGAGGAGCUGAUGGAGCGCAAAGGGGUUUAUUUCACCCUGGUGACUUUGCAGAGCCAAGGAGACAAGGCACUCUCUGAACCAGCCAGCCAAACACCCGAGCCAAGACUUGAGCAAGUACAGGCCUUCGGCAGGGGAAGCUAUCGAGCCAGCUUGAGGGCUUCUCUUCGACAACGUUCCAGAUCUCAGUUAUCAAGUAUAGUUCCAGACAAUCCAAUCUUAGUUUCAGGAAACCAUUCAGAACAUAUCAGCAAUGCAACUCAGUAUGAUGAAGACAGACAGUCCCUUAAAAAGGCACUGAUUCCUGAUGAGGAGGAAGCAAUCGAACCUGCUCAUGUCACCAGGAUUUUGAAAUACAAUGCUCCUGAAUGGCCCUAUAUGGUCAUUGGAUCUGUUGGGGCAGCGGUCAAUGGGGCAGUCAGUCCUCUCUAUGCUCUGCUCUUCAGUCAAGUCCUUGGAACUUUUUCGAUGCCUGAUGAAGAAGAGCAGAAGUCACAGAUCAACAGCAUCUGCCUGCUCUUCGUGGUGGUUGGAUUUAUAUCCUUGGUCACACAAUUCUUGCAGGGAUAUACAUUUGCAAAGUCUGGGGAACUGCUUACAAGGCGGUUAAGGAAAAUUGGUUUCCAGGCUAUGCUUGGCCAAGAAAUUGGAUGGUUCGAUGACCAUAAGAACAGCCCAGGAGCUUUGACUACCAGAUUAGCAACUGAUGCAUCUCAAGUUCAAGGGGCAACUGGAGCCCAGAUAGGGAUGAUUGUGAACUCUCUCACCAACAUUGGGGUGGCCAUUAUCAUCGCUUUCUACUUCAGCUGGAAGCUCAGUUUAGUCAUCACCUGCUUCUUGCCUUUCUUGGCUUUAUCGGGAGUGGUGCAGUCUCAAAUGUUGACAGGAUUUGCCUCUCAGGACAAGGAAGCAAUGGAGGCUACCGGAAGGAUUUCCAACGAAGCCCUCACAAAUAUCAGGACUGUGGCUGGAAUUGGAAAGGAGAAAAAAUUUAUCGACGCCUAUGAGAAAAAGCUGGAAAUCCCUUACAGGGCAGCAGUCAAGAAAGCCAAUGUUUACGGGGUUUGCUUCGGCUUUGCACAGUGUGUGGUGUUUGUAGCCAAUUCUGUCUCUUAUCGUUAUGGGGGAUUUUUGGUUGACAAAGAAGGACUUCACUACAGCUAUGUAUUUAGGGUGAUCUCCUGCAUUGUGACCAGCGGAACUGCUUUAGGCAGAGCCUCCUCUUAUACACCGAAUUAUGCCAAAGCAAAAAUAUCUGCAGCACGCUUUUUUCAGCUGGUGGAUCGGAUCCCCCGAAUCAGUGUUUACAGUGAUGCUGGAGAGAAAUGGAAACAUUUCCAAGGAAGCAUUGAAUUCCGGAACUGUACCUUCAGAUACCCUUCUCGGCCUGAUGUCCAAGUACUAAACCAUCUUUCAGUAGCAGUGAAAUCGGGGCAGACCCUUGCCUUCGUUGGAAGCAGCGGCUGCGGCAAGAGUACCAGCGUUCAGCUUCUGGAAAGGUUUUAUGAUCCGGAGGAAGGAGAAGUGUUGAUAGAUGGACAUGACACCAAGAAAGUAAACAUCCCGUUCCUCAGAUCUAAGAUUGGAAUUGUGUCUCAAGAGCCUGUCCUCUUUGGAUGUAGUAUUGCUGACAAUAUUAAAUAUGGUGAUAACACCAGAGAAGUUCCUAUGGAAGAUGUGGUGGCAGCAGCUAAGAAAGCCCAGCUGCACGAAUUCGUCAUGACGCUUCCUGACAAAUAUGAAACUAACGUUGGAGCUCAGGGAGCGCUCCUCUCUCGUGGUCAAAAGCAGCGCAUUGCUAUAGCCCGUGCCAUUGUCCGAGAUCCUAAGAUCUUGUUGCUGGAUGAAGCAACAUCUGCAUUGGAUACAGAAAGCGAAAAGACUGUGCAAGCUGCACUGGAUAAAGCUCGAGAAGGCCGAACCUGCAUCGUCAUAGCACACCGCUUGUCUACCAUUCAGAAUUCAGAUAUUAUAGCUGUCAUGUCACAAGGAGUCAUCAUUGAAAAGGGCACUCAUGAAGAGCUGAUGGCCCAAGAAGGAGCAUACUAUAAACUCGUCACCACUGGCGCCCCAAUUAGUUGAGCUUUCCCGCUCACAUGGCGGAGAACAUUUUCUAAGAGAAUACACUAAAGACCAGUACGAACACAUCAGCAGUUUUUACAUUACACAAAGAUCGCUGUGCUGUUAUACAAUAAUGUACUUUAACAUAGUUGAAAAUGUGUCAGGCAGGGACGGAAGUCCUCUUUAGUCAUGCCACUGCACGUUUGAUGAGGAGAAGCAACAUAUACUAGGAAGCAGUGAUACGACAGGGAGACUACCCAGAACUGUUUUUAAAAAUCAGGUAGGUGCCAGUUCCAUGAAGACGUCUUGGGCCUUGAUUGUCAGCCUCCAAUUUCAGCUAAUUAAGCAACUACAGACCCACAAUCCUAAAUCCAGAGUGACAGUUACUCUUGAUAUUGACACUCUGGGCAAAUAGUGACAUCUAUCCAGCCACCUGUCCCUGUGUUACUGAAUUCAACAGUUGUCACUUUAAAAAUGUAUUUGACGGGGUAAUGUGGAAAUUUCCAAGGCUUUGUACAGACUUUAUGUGAAGGAAACCUUGUAAGCUAUCCCCGUUAAAAAAAAAAUGACUGACUGCUCUGAAUUUGCUGUUUUGUAUAUCGCACUGAAGGCAAGUUGGGCAAGUUAUAAUAUGCAGGACAAGGGAAAUAUUGUGUGCAACCAAUUUGCAUGUGCAGCCAAUCAUGUCCAUCCCAUUGAAUGGGCAGUUUUCGUGUUGGGUUAGGGAUUGCUUUCCUGCUGAAGGCCAGUAGGCACAUAUAACUACAACUAGAUGGCUCCUGCAUGACUCUUGCAAGAAACCCGUUUCCAAGACUCUGGAGUACAAGCAGGAAUGGAGCAAGAAUGCAAUGGGCAACAUAGCCAGGCUGCACUUGAGCAGGACUAGGGACUGUGUGGUCCUCCAGAACAUUCUAGAUUGGAACUCCUACAAGCUGAUAGUGUUAGGAUUAUUUAGUGACUAUACUGAUUGUGGCUUUCAAGUAGGAAUAAUGAUUCUGAAAAUAGGUAUUAAAAGAAAAAAGGAAAUUUUAAAAAAUUGUGUGUUAGGAAAUCCUUUUAUGGACAGAACAGGGGAACAUGAUCCCUAAAUUUAUUUACAGAAGACCCUAGUGCUGGCUUGCAAGGUCUGUUGACAGCCAUAAUGGAGUCCAUAUCUCUCUUGCAAGGCUAGCACGAAACAGGAAAUGAUCUCAGAGAAAAGGAACAAUGAACUGUAAGGCCCAACUUUAUGUUACAGAGGACCCAUGAGUAGAAGAAUUAACUUCUAGAUGUACUUAUUGGGAUAACUACGCUUGUCACAGCAUAAGUCUAAAGUCUGGUUUGUCCCCCAAAUAUAGCACUUUGACGAACAUCUAAUAAACAAAUCAGAGUGUAAUCUUUCAAAUACUUCUGAGCAUUUUAGGGAAGGGUCUUUCUGCUUAGUCUUUCUAACUGAGAUCCCUGGUUGGACAUUUGCCAAGGACUGACCCUCAAUACAUGAAAAGUGUGCAGACUAAACGUUCCUCUCUAAUGGUAGUUUUGACUGGUUUUCCCAAACAGGAAAAACACACAAACAAACAGCUCUUUACAUAGUCAUGUCCAUGACAAAAGGAUGUGUUACAGUCACUGAGUUUUCUCAAGACAACCGCAACAACAAAACACAACAUAAGCACCCAGGUUAGGGUUAUGGACCUGCAGAAAACUGCCAAUCAGUCAUUAUAGGGGAUGUUAAAUAAAGGAGAAAUGGGGGUAAGGUGGUAAAUUUGGAGUUGCAGACAUUCAGAAUGAUUCUGUCCUUAGCCACACCCCCAAAGAGGCUCCAUGUGGCUCCUAUGCUGAGCCAGGCCUGUUCUGCUGCCCCAGAGGAGGCCAACAUUGGCGCCACCAGGUGGCUUGUCUAUUCUGUAGAGAGAGAAAAUAUACCAGCACUGCCUGGAAAACUACUGAUACAGAGAAAUUCACUCUCAUAUCCCUAAGCCCUCUGAAGCAGGGAGGUUGCAGUGUCCCUGCAACAGUGGGAAGCCUAACCUCACUGAAAAGCUAUGCUGAAAAUAGUGAAAUGCCUGCAUUACGCUUCAGUGCAGAAACGAAACUAACAAGAGGACUGUGGAAGAGACCCUUUAUUCCCUCAACCCCCUAGCUGGCCUACAGGCUACUUGCAUAAAAAUACAUGCUUUUGUUAAUGUGA